AUGAAGAAACACUUUGCAAAACGGAAAAAUAAAAAAAUGGAGAAAAUUUUUGAUAAAAAUGAUGUAAUAAAUAUUAAAAAAAAAGAGAAAAUAAAAAAAGAGAAGAAUAAAAGGGAUAAUAGCAUUCCAGAUCAUAAAAAAAAUUAUAAAAAAAUUAUGAAAAAUAAAUUUAAUGGAGAUAUUUCCAAGGAAUCAAAAAGUAAAAACAACUCAAAAAUAAAAGAUGAUUAUUUAAAUGAAAAAUGUAGGAAAAUUAUGAACGAUGAAAACUUAUCUAAAUCAAAAAAAAAAAAAAUGAUAAAGGAACUUAAAAAAAAAACAGUAAAAGAAAAUUAUGAUUAUUAUAAAAAACUGAGAAUAUAUUUGAACGAUUUAUUAAAGACUAAAAAUAAAACAGAAAAAAAGAAACAAGUGGGUAUUAUUUAUAAUGAAUUAAGAAAAGUUGAAUUAAUAAAAUUUUCUCGUACUAACUUAGGUUAUCAUAUUAUCUCUGCUUUAAUUAUAAAUGGAGAAAAUGAAAUUCAAAAUAAAUUAUGGGAAAGUUUUUAUGAACAUUUUAAUGAUAUCUGUACAUUUAAUUUUGUUUCCUUAAUAUUUCAGUGUUUUUAUAAACAUGGGAAUGAAAAGAUAAAAAAUGAUAUUUAUUCAUGUUUAAUAAAAAAUACUAAAACUUUUUUAACAAAAUUUGCCUCAAGAUUAUGGCAUACAGUUUUUAAAAAGUUAAAAGCGUCUAAAAGAAUAAGAAUGAUUAAUUAUUUGAUAGUCCCCAACAUUAAUGAAUUAAAAAACAUUUCUUCUGAAUUUUUAAAAAAAUCUUCGAAAGAGAUGCUUACUAAUUUUAGCGAAGAAAAUAAAAAUUCAAUAAAAAAAUAUUUAAUCGAAAUUAUUGAAAAUAUUGUGGAAAAAGAAUUGUUAUAUAACAUUGUUUCUCAUAAUAUUAUUUUAGUUGCAUGUGAGAUUUUAAGCGAUGAAGAAUUAACUAAUUUAAUGGAAAUAAUACAUGAGGGAUGCGAAUAUUUAAUAUCAACAAAUAUUGGUAAUAAAGCAUUAAUUUUUUUAUUAGGAUAUAGCACAAAUAAACAUAAAAAAAAUUUAAUAAAAAUAUUAAAAAAUGAUAUAAUAGAAUUAUGCAAAAACAGUGUAAACUUUUUAUUAAUAACUAGAUUACUAAAAAUAACAGACGAUACGAAACUUUUGAAUAACUUUAUCGUCAAAAAAAUUGUAAGUGAUUUUGAAAAUAUAUUUAAUGAUUAUUAUGGAUUUUAUGUUAUUUUAGAGUUUUUUUAUGAUUUAAAUGAAUACAAUGAAGAUAAAUAUUUUUUUGUUGAAUGGAAAAAUAUGAUAUAUUCUAAAGCUCCGAAAAGUGUGAAAAAUGGAAAUAAAAGAAAAAGUGAAAUUAUAACACCAAUCAUUGAGCAAUUACUGAAAAUUUUUCAAGAUAAGAAAAAAUUAAACGAAUAUUUAAAGAAUAAAAGAUACAUCAUUAUUAUAUAUGAAUUUUUAGCUUAUACUGAAAACGAAGAAGUUUUAAAAAAUUUAUUAUAUUUUAUAGAACAGAUAAUUUAUUCAUGUAAAAAUAAAGAGAACAUUAAUGAUACCUUCAAUGUUAAAAAUAUAAAUGAUAUAUUUUUGAAACUUUUUAGUUGUACAAGAAAUAAAAACAUUUUAUGCAAAGUUAUAGAUAAUAAUAUGUUUUAUGAAAAGUUAUGUAAUAUUUUUCUUUUGAAUAUAGAAACUAUCUUAAGAACAGAAUUAAUCAAAAUUUCUAACAGCCUAAUAACUUUUGUGAAAGAAAAAGACAAUAAAAUUUAUGAACAAAUUUUGUCAUAUACUCAAAAGGUUAAUAAUAAAGAUAUAUACCAUGAACUAAAAGGAAUAAUUCCGAAUCUAACUCAUUUUGAUAGAUAUCUUGAACUAAUUAAUAUUCAUAUUAACGAAUAG